AUGGCGAUGGAUUGGCGAGAGAUAUUAAGGUUCUCUGAAAAAGAAUUGAAAGAAAGCGAAAAAGAUAAGCUAUGUGAAGGUUUGUCUUGGAUGGAAAUUGACGAUAUAGAACUUAGUUUCACUGACUUGAAGAUACUUUUUAAACUGGCGCAAGAUGUUCUGAAAUAUAAAAACGAACAAGUUAAUAGUGCUAUGGACAAACUUAAUAAAACGAAAAAGAAAAUCAGGACAAAGGAAAGGGGAACACUCACGGAGUCACCUGCAAAGAGUUCUGAUAGCGUACUCGAAACUAUAGAACAUCAGGAAGAAAUAAUAAAAGCUAAUAAACAUAUACUCGAACAGCUGUAUAUAGAUAUAGCUGAAUUAGAAGAAAAGAAAAAUAAACAUGAGAAAGAUAAUGAUGUUGAACCUGAAAGUAAUUCAAGCAGAGCCACGCUAUCAGAAAUGAAUGCUAUUGCGACUUUAGAGAACGAAUUAUCAAAGAAGAAUAGACAUAUCAAAAAACUAUUAACCGAUGUGAAGAUACUCGAAGAAGAGAAUUCAACGUUGAAGGAAAAGUUAGUAGUUUUUAAGGAUAAAUUAAAAGAGUCUACUUUAUUGAUUGAGAAUUUAACUGAACAAUUAUUCAAUCUCAACAAUGAAAACUCAAAGAUGAAAGAUUCGCUCGGUAAGUCAGAAGAAGAAAAAGCGAAUAUGCUCGUAGAAAUAGAAACAUUGAAUAGUGAAAUAAAAAACAAACGAAACAAAACGGAAAGAAACGAAGAAGAUAUUAAGAUGAAACUUCAACACUUUAAGAACCUAGUAAAGACACAAAAACAAGAAAUUACUCAAAAAACUAAAGACAAUAAUCAUUUGAAAGAAGAAUUGGAACGUAUUUCGAAAUGUCUAAACUCUCCGAAAGAACGAACUAAAAAACAAGAUGACAGCAACAUUAUACAGACUUUGAAGGAAGAAAAUAGAAGAUUGAAAAUAAUGAUAGAAGAUGUUCCAGAACAUUCUAUAAGUGAACAAAAGAACGAGAGUGAUGACGGAAAAGAACGGAAUAUGAUAAAUAAAUUGAAAAGAAAAAUAAAAUGUAUGAACAUAGCCUUACAAGGAAGCGAAGAAAUGUUGGCGGUUAGAGAGAAAGAGAUAACAGAAAUAACAGCACAACUACAACUAUUAAGAACGGACGAAGGUAUAAACGCGUUGAUAGAUAGUAUUAAAAAUAAAAAUAAACAUUUGAGAGUUAGGGAUGAAGGUAUCAAAUCAUUGGUGCAAGAAGUUAAUAAGCUUAAUGACGUCAUCAACGAAUUGCAGUUAGAAAAUGAAGCUAUGAGGGAAAAGUUGAAUAUACCAGAUAAUACGAAAAUUGAUACUCACGGUAUAAUGAAAAAAUAUAAAGAUAUAGAAACACAAAAUAUAGAAUUAAUUAAAAAGGUACGAGAUUAUGAAGAUAGGUUGAUUAAUAUAGAAUUGGAUAAUCGAGAAAAAAAGGCUAAAAGAUCUAAAAUUAAAAGCGUCGCUAAAACACAGACGUGUGACGAAAUACACGAACAUGAUCAUAUUAAUAAAGAAAAUAUAUCUGAAUACAAUUUAAAAAUGAAAGAUCUUUUGGAAGAAAACGAAGGACUAAGAAACGGUCUAACAGAUAUACUGAAUUUGUUAAAAGAUAAUAGAUCUACAGCGGGGGUUUUAUUACUAGAAUGUCCGAGUCUUGAAGCGCUUUUAAAUAAUAUGGAAGCAAGAAAAUCUUCGGGAUGGUUUUCACCUCACAUGAAAACUGUAAUGGAGCUUAAAUCUGCUUUAGGUGGAAAAGAUGCGCUAUUGACUGCUCUACAUGAAUCAAGACAAGAAACUUUUGAUGUAUUAAAGAAAUUAGAAAAAGAAAAACAGAGAUAUUCAGAUCUAGAAGCAAAGUUAAAGGAAAAUAAUAAAAUAGAUAAAAUUAAUCAAACUGCACUCGAUUUAAAUAAAUUUGGAUCUUGGAUGACUGAUGAUGAGUUUAAAGAUAUAGAUAUCAAUAAUACGAAACAGGUCGCGGGAUUAAUUGAUAAAGGAAAUGCUUUGUUUGAGAAUGAUUUGAAACAAACAUUAAGAUAUUUUCAAGAAAAAUUCUGUCAGCUUUUUGAUAAUUUUACUUCUCUAUCAAUAAGUGCUUCAGAUGAUUCUAGCAAGUGGGAUAUACAAGAAGAAAAAUAUAAGGCUGAGAUAGAAAAUCUGAAAUCUCAUAUUGAUGAGCACGAAGAUGAUAGUAAUCUCUCCCCUGGAUUAUUAACUAUAACCAACGAUAGUAUAGAAAGAAAAUAUACUUACUUGGAAGAUCUAUAUAAAAAAAUGCGCACUGACAAGGAGAAUAUAAAAAACGAAUAUUUAGAAUCGAAGAGAGAAAGAUUGAUAGAGACUUCUGAGUAUGAAAGAAAAAUACAGAAUUUACUAUUAACAGUUCUGAAUCUAACUGAUAGAUUACGUAAUACUGUACCAAUGGAAAUAUUUCUCAAACAACGCGAAGAUCACAAUAAGUUUGUUAUUAAAUAUAGAAAUGUAUUAGAAACCAAUAUAAGUAGAGCUAUCAGGGAAGAGGAAUUAUUGCAGCACUUGGAUGAUAUGAAAAUGGAUAUUUUAAACAAUUUCUACAAAGAAGGUGAUCAAUAUAUUACUCCAGUAAAAAUUCAAGAAGCCGAACAGAACAUUAAUCAAGAACAACUAAGGAAGCUAUGUUUAGAAGUGACGGAGAAAAAUAAUGAAAUAGAAAAAUUACAAAAUAAAAUAUCAGAAUUGCAACUCGUAGAAUCACAGUUAACAGAUAAAAUAUUGAAUUGUGAUUCAAAUCAAUCCGACUAUUACAAAAAUGAACUAGACAAACGUAAUGAAGAAAAUCUCAUGAUGAAGGAAAAGUAUCAAGAUACGAAAAUGGCAUUAGAUAAAGUAUAUUUAGAGCUUCAAUCAUAUAAAAAUAAACAACUAGCAAAUGACAUAGAAAUCAAUAUGUUGAGACAUCAGAUUUUGGACUUACAGUCUUUGGGAGAUAACAAGGCAAUUAUAGCAAGAUUGAGCGGCGAAGUUUUGCUAGCUCAACUGCAAGUUACAGAGAGCUAUGAAAAAAUUGAUUCUCUCAAAAUAGCUCUGAACAAUGAGAAACAACUCAGAGCCGAAACUGAAGACGUGCUUAUGAGUAGACAAAAAGUCUUCGAGAUUUACUCAAAAAGAAAUGAUAAUAAAUUUAGGAAUAUGUCACAACUGAUAGACACUUUGAGAGAACAAUAUCAGGGACACUUGCCGCUAGUCUCAGUGGAAACAUUCCUUCAUAAAUUGGAAGAUAUAAAACAUAAAUCUAACGAAGUUAACGAAAAACUUAACGAAAUCAAUGAUUUACAAACAAAUUUACUUACAAAAUAUAGUAUUUACAAUAAUAUAUUGGAGUUAAUAGAAAAGAAAUGUCCAGAUGACACUUGCUGCCAUAAGUUGAAGAAUAUUAUAACAGAAAACAUGCAAAAACGUGAAACGGAACUCUGUAAGAAGAAAUUAUUAUCAGCAGAUGAAGCAUAUAAAAAUGUUUUAGAAAGAUGCGAUUAUCUCGAAAAAACACUUAUAUUGGUAAAUCAAGGUUUCAAAAUUGUGGAUAAUGUAGAAAAAAAUAUUCCACGCGUUGCAGAAUGUAAUAAUGAUUUGAAAGUUGAAAAUGUUCCCUCUGAAGACGAAAUGAGCAGUAUAAGCAGUUGCAGUAGAAAGAGUCGUACUUUUACAUUAUCCCCACCAAAAGUGAAUAAUGAAGGAAAAGCCGGUAAAAGUGUGGUAACCACUAACGAACCCAAAAAAUUCUUACAUGAGCAAACUCAAACGAAUUUCACACAUUUGAAAAAAUCUUCUAUCACACAAACAGAUGACGAUCAAUAUAUAAAUGAACUCAAAACAGAAUUAAACAACUCAAUAGUGAGAGGAAAUGAGAAAGACAAAAUAAUUGAAGAAAUAGAAGCGAUAGCUAAACAAAAAGGUCGUGAUGCAGCUAUCAUGAAUAAAAAAUACCUCGAACAAGAAAAAGCCUAUGAACUUCUAUCAAACAUAAACAUUCAAAAAGAUGAGCUUAUUAAAAAUCUUCAAGAAACUAUUCAGACAUUAAAAAAAGAUAUCGUACAUAUUAAAUCGGCUCACAUAAAACAAAUUAAUAAAAUCAAAGACACAGCUGACGUUGAAAACAAAAUGGUCACAGACACAUUGAAGAAAAUCGAAACUGACAAAAAUAAUGUUAUAGCAGAAUAUAAAGAACUACUACAAAAAGAAAGAGAUGAAUAUUCAAAAACAAUUAAACAAUUACAAGGAAAAGCUAGAGAUUUACAAAUGAAAUUGGAUCAGAGAGAUUUAGCGAACACUUCCAAGAAUGCCAUAAUGGAUACCAACAAAUAUUAUAACAGAAUAAGUGAUCUGGAAACGAAAAUAUUCAAACUGCAAAGUGAUUUUGAAGGCAGUCAGGCUGAACUAAUUAGCCAAAAAAGCGAAUUAGAUCGUUGGAAAGUAUUAGCCUCCGAAAGAUUAACAAAGAUGGAACAGUUAAGUACGCAAUUAAAAGAAAGACAUAACGACGAAAUGGAAUCAUACAAAGCGGAGAAUCAACAUUGGCUCUCACAACUAAACGAAAAUCAACGAGAACAUAUGGAGUUAAGACAAAGAUUGACUGAACAGAAGACAUCACACGUGAGACAGAUAGCAGAAAAAGACGCGCUCAUAGAUAGACUGAGAAGUGUUGUUAAUAAUUUGAAGGGUCAGUUACUUAAUAUGCAAACAAUGCUGACUGUGAACGAUCCUAGCUUCGAUCUGUCCGCUAUAGUUGAAGUGGAUGAAGUUAGUGAGACAGUAUCUCAACACGAAUCAGACAGACUUGAACUAAAGUUUGAAUCCACGGUCGACUUGACGGAGAAUGAAGACGAAAUGAAGAUGCCGAUCAGCUCAACAGCUAUAUGGCAAGAGCCGUUAAUAGAUCGUCUACGUAGAGAGAAACAGAUGAUCCACAAACAGAAUUUAGCGCUCCGGAGACAAGUUAAAGUACUCGCGGCUCGAGAGAGAAGAGCCAGGCUUGACUCACAGAACUUGAAGAACCAAGUGUUCCGCAUUAGCACAAGUGGUGCGAAGACUCCGUCCGUAGAAUCGCGAGCUUUACAGAGUAAAGUCGCUUCUUUACAAGCGCAAUUAUCAGGAGUGAAGCGAGAUGCUGCCUCAACACUCGCACUAUGGGAUAAAUGGAAGAGAGCACAACAGUCUUCCGAUCGCUGGCAAAUGCGUUACGAAGAAAAAUGUCAAGAGACUAACAAGUUGGAUAUGAGCUUGAAUCUCAUGAAAUCAGCUGUCACCAGACUCGAGAAGGAAAAAAGAGUUUUAUUACUCAGAUUGAGCGAAACUAAACAAGAAAAACAGCUAUCUAUUGAAAAACAAGACAGCGAGUGUCCCGAAAAGGCAUUGGUUCAUUGUUCAGUGAUGUCUGUAUCUAGUCGAGCUUUACUUGAACGUGUUGAAGCACAACAGAGACGAAUAGUAGCCUUGGAACUAGCUGAGAAGGGUAACGAGACGUUAGUAUCAGAAUAUGAACGAGCUCUGGCUGAGAUAACGUCUUUGAAGGGACAAGUUUUAAAACUGGAGUCAACUAUACUAGAAGCUCAAAUCAGAUCUCCUCUCAACACACAAACAAACACACAACCAGAAGUUGACUAUUGGAAAAGUUACUGCGACAUGCUCAAAGAAGAGAACUUACAAUUAACAAUGAAAGUAAAUAGUAUGGAGAGUGUACCGACAACAGAUUCACAACACAGAGUUAAUGAUCUAGAACAAACAGUGCUUACAUUGAGAGGCUUAGUAAGUAAAUUGCAAGCAGAAAAAUGUUCGAGUACGAAUAUUCGGAAAAAUGACUCUCGUCCGUCCAGCGGGCAAAGAAGUGAUAAGAUACGUAUACAGUCGGAGUGUUAUCGUACAGAGAUAUCAAAUUUAAAGCGUACCAUACUUGAGAAGGAUUCUUUGUUAGAGAGAUCGAGAGAUAUGCUUAGAAUAGCUGCUGAGAGAGAGGAGGAAUUACUUAGAGAGAACACACAAUUACGUCGUCGUUUACAACAACUUUCUGAAAACAAAGAUGGCCGUCGCUCCGCCUGA